GUAAGUGCAUUUUGUUAAACUAAACUAAUAUUAAAUAGAAAAUCGAAAGUGUAAAAAUAUAAAUAUAAAAGUGAGGUGUAGUGAAGUGAAGUGAGGAACAAAUAAAAUAUAAAAAUGUGGAUGUCGGCCAAUCACACGGCGUUGUGUUGGGCGCCAAAAAUACUGAUCAUAAAAAUGGUACGUCGUAAGAGUUUGGUACUGGCUGCGUUAUUGAUGGUUUCUGUGCUGGCGGCGCUGCCGGCGGGCUGGUGGCUGGCGCGCGCCGUCAGCCGCGGCCUCAUGCUGCCAGCUCCCCCGCCGCGGGACCUCACGCAUUACAUGAAGACGAAGAGUCUCCGAGACUACUUGAUGGAUAUUGAUCUUCUACUCGAGCCUUCGAGGACGUCGUGUGACACGAUGUCCAACAUCCCGGGUGGCAACUAUUUAGAAUCGAAGCAGUUUAACGAUAUUUUGGUGUUUGACUUCUACGAUCAAUACCAAAACUUGACAUUAAAAACUGCACUGAUAUUGAAAUGGGCGUCAGAGAAGUGCCCGCAGGCAAAGUUUAUAUUCAAGACAGACGACGACGUUCUUGUAAAUCCAUGGAUGUUAUACAAUGUUAUAAAAGAUCAUCCAAACGCGCAAUUACUCGGUUACAGUAUAAACGAGACGAAGCUGCACAGAGAUGAGUACAACAAGUAUUUCGUUCCUCGUUGGCUGGCGAGAGAUGACGUCAUACCUCAGUAUCUCUCCGGCACUGGGUACCUUAUUAACGGCGCUUAUAUAAAAUCUAUCUUACACACGGCAUAUACAGUGCCAAUGAUGAACGUAGAAGAUGUGUACAUCACAUACUUGGUGGCGAAGAAGACGUUGAACCUGACCCUCACUCAUGAUAGAAGGGUGAGCCCCAUGAGGCCCUGGGUCACCUUUAGUUGUCUGUACUGGCAGUUGGCUGCAGCGCACAGCGUCAAACCUACGGAGAUAUUACGGAUAUGGCCGAAUCUGAAGAUAAUUGGAAAGGAAUAUAAUAGAAAGAAAAAAGUCUGUCUUGGAUAUGAGUUUUUUAAUAAAGAUAUUUUUUUAUAUUGAAGUGAUACUUGACUGUUUACAAGAAUAGAUACGAUGAAGUUACCGGUGUUGAGGGUGAAUACAUAGAGGUUAGAAAACAUGAAUAUUUACGUAAAUAUUUACAUCGAUGUGAUUUUUAUGUUUUAUUGUAUUUUUUAUUAUUAUUUUGAUAUC